AUGGCGGAUAAGAACACCAGAAUCGCCAUUGUCAACCAUGACAAAUGCAAGCCCAAGAAAUGCCGUCAGGAGUGCAAGAAGAGUUGCCCCGUGGUCCGCAUGGGGAAACUCUGCAUCGAGGUGACUCCUCAGAGUAAGAUUGUGUGGAUCUCAGAGUCUCUUUGUAUAGGCUGCGGCAUCUGCAUCAAGAAAUGUCCGUUCGGGGCGUUGUCCAUCGUCAACCUUCCCAGCAAUCUGGAGAAAGAAACCACACACAGAUACUGCGCCAACUCCUUCAAACUGCACAGGCUGCCUAUUCCUAGACCCGGGGAAGUGCUGGGGCUGGUGGGGACCAACGGUAUCGGCAAGUCGACGGCUCUGAAGAUCCUGGCUGGAAAACAAAAACCCAACUUGGGCAAGUUUGACAACCCCCCAGACUGGCAGGAGAUCCUGACCUACUUCAGAGGUUCCGAGCUGCAGAACUACUUCACCAAAAUCCUGGAGGACGACCUGCGGGCCAUCGUCAAGCCGCAGUACGUCGACCAGAUCCCAAAAACCGUCAAGGGGUCAGUAGGGGCCAUCCUAAGCAGGAAAGAUGACACAGACACGCAGGACAUCGUCUGCAACCAGCUAGAUCUGAGUCAUCUGCGGGAGCGGAACGUGGAGGACCUGUCCGGAGGGGAGCUGCAGCGCUUCGCCUGCGCUGUGGUCUGCAUCCAGAGGGCCGACAUUUUCAUGUUCGACGAGCCGUCCAGCUACCUGGAUGUCAAGCAGAGGCUGAAGGCCGCCAUCACCAUCCGCUCGCUCAUCACCCCGGACAGGUACAUCAUUGUCGUGGAGCACGACCUGAGUGUGUUGGACUACCUGUCAGACUUCAUCUGCUGUCUGUACGGAGUCCCCAGUGCCUACGGAGUGGUCACCAUGCCCUUCAGCGUCCGGGAAGGUAUCAACAUCUUCCUGGACGGAUACGUUCCCACAGAGAAUCUCAGGUUUCGCGAGACCUCGUUGGUCUUCAAGGUGGCUGAAACGGCCAAUGAGGAGGAAGUGAAGAGACUCAGGCAUUACCAGUAUCCAGACAUGGGAAAGACGAUGGGGGAGUUCACGCUGGACAUCAAAGGAGGAGAGUUCACAGACUCGGAGAUCAUGGUGAUGCUGGGAGAGAACGGCACGGGGAAAACGACCUUCAUCCGGAUGUUGGCAGGAGGACUGAAACCCGACGGAGGAGGCGACAUCCCCAUCCUAAACGUCAGCUACAAGCCGCAGACCAUCAGCCCCAAGUUUAAGGGCAGCGUCAGAGCUCUGCUGCACGAGAAGAUCAGGGACGCCUACACACACCCGCAGUUCAUCACCGAUGUCAUGAAGCCAAUGCAGAUCGAGAGCAUCAUCGACCAGGAUGUGCAGAACCUUUCUGGCGGAGAGCUGCAGAGAGUGGCUCUGACGCUGUGUUUGGGGAAGCCGGCCGACGUUUACCUGAUUGACGAGCCCUCCGCCUACCUGGACUCUGAGCAGAGGUUGAUGGCAGCCAGAGUCAUCAAGAGGUACAUCCUCCACGCCAAAAAGACUGCGUUCGUGGUGGAGCACGACUUCAUCAUGGCCACAUACCUCGCCGACAGAGUCAUCGUGUUCGACGGCAUUCCCUCCAAAAUGACGGCGGCCAACACGCCUCAGAGUCUGCUGGCGGGGAUGAACCGCUUCCUGUCGUUGCUGGAGAUCACCUUCAGGAGAGACCCCAACAACUUCCGACCCCGAAUCAACAAGCUGAACUCCAUCAAGGACACGGAGCAGAAGAAAAGCGGGAACUACUUCUUCCUGGACGACUAA